CAUUUGGCACAGUUUCAUGCAUCUGCUUACUGGGAAAUUUGGUUUGCAAGACGCCAGGAAGCCUGAUAGAAAGACCAGUGACUCUGCUUAGAUGGGUUUCAGAUCUUGUUUGUGAACAUUCACAGAAGCCAUCAUCAUGAGUGACAUCGAAGAGAUGAAAGCGCCUACUACGGACGGUAAGUCCGGCCUGGUCGACGACCAGAGCUCUCGUGGUUCCUGGGGUGCCUGCUGCUGCGGCUUCUUACGGCGCAAUCUCUUGGUCUUGCUCCUGCUGAUUUCACUGAUCCUUGGUGUUGGUGUCGGCUUCAUCAUCAAAUUCUGCACCGACAUUGAGUUAAGUGCCAAGGAGAUUGGCUACAUCUCCUUCCCCGGGACACUCUUCUUGAACAUGCUGAAGAUGAUCAUCGUUCCGCUGAUUGUGUCCAGCUUGGUGGCUGGAAUGUCUUCACUGGACAAACGAGUCUCCGGAGUCCUUGGCCUCAAGGCUUUGGUGUACUACUUCCUAACCACCCUGAUGGCUGUCAUACUAGGUAUCAUCAUGGUCAUGGCGAUCAGUCCAGGUAGCCACGGUCAGACAGACAUGAUCGAUAGAUCUGGGAAAAGUGAGCACGUCAACACGGUCGAUUCCUUUCUGGACCUCCUGAGGAACAUGUUCCCGCCAAACAUCAUCGAGGCAUGCUUUCGAACAUACAAAACUGCGCAAAUAGAAGUCAUGCCGAUGGACGAUAAGAUGAUGAUGUCAACCACUAUGUCUCCCUCUAUGACCACUUCCAUGGCCGACAUGGAGGGCAUCACAACAAUGGACAACAUGACGAAGAAGAUCAUAAUGUUUCAGUCCAUGGGUGGAUACCAGGAUCGGAGCAAUGUGUUAGGCCUGGUGGUGUUUUCCUGUAUACUGGGUAUCGUGCUUGGCCGCAUGGGGCCGGAAGGAGACCCACUCAAGGCCUUUGCCAACUCACUCAUGGAGACUAUUAUGAGACUAGUCAGCAUUAUUAUCUGGAUCUCUCCAAUCGGUAUUUUCUUCCUGAUACUCGGCAAGAUCUUGGCCAUGGAUGACUGGGUGAAAGUCUUCAGUCAGAUCGGGCUGUACUCGAUUACCGUCAUCUCGGGUCUGCUCAUUCACGGCCUGCUCGUACUGCCCCUUAUUUUCCUGAUCUUCACCCGGAGGAACCCAGUCACUUACAUCAAAGGGGUGUCCCCAGCUCUGAUGACGGCCUUCGCGACUGCCUCAAGCUCUGCUACCCUACCAUUGACAAUGAGUUGCCUUGAGAACAAUAAUAGGAUCGACAAGAGAGUGACCCGUUUCAUGCUGCCCAUCGGCGCUACGGUCAACAUGGACGGGACGGCUCUGUAUGAGGCAGUGGCGGCCAUCUUCAUUGCACAGGUCAACGGCUUCGAACUGGACAUUGCGACCAUUAUAACGGUCAGCGUGACAGCUACCUUAGCGAGCGUGGGAGCUGCUGGGAUACCCCAGGCCGGUCUGGUCACGUUGGUCAUUGUACUCAACGCGGUUGGUCUACCCGCUGAUGACGUCACUCUCAUUAUUGUCAUCGACUGGUUCCUAGACCGUAUCCGCACCACCGUGAACGUCGCCGGUGAUGCUUUCGGGGCUGGCAUCGUCUACUACCGCUCUAAGGAUCGUCUCUCAGCCCUGGAGGAACCCAAAGGUCAUGACCUCUUCAAACAGGACCCGGAUACUGACUACUACCCAGAACUGAAAGAGUUUAACACCAAACUGUAAAGCUCACAAAAAUGGAGAUGUCUGGGUGUUUCAUACUAAGUAAAAUAACAGGGUGUUCAAAAGAAAAUGGUACUCUUAAAUAGUAUUACAAUCCAAACUUUUAUGACAAUAUUUUUGUUUUGGGAUUUAAUUGAGUUUAAUGGGACUAAAUAUUUGUAAGGUGUAUAAACUACAAUUUGCGCAAGAUUCUUCUCAAAAUGGUUACAAAAAUUAUAGCAAAACGUAAUUCUGACUGUGAAAGCACAACAAUAUUUAAUCAAUGUUGUUAAUCUAAUGACGGACAAAAAGAUAACAAUGCCCGUAAAAUUUGUACUCUUAAAAUAUAUUAUAUGACUUUAUAUGUACCCAGUCACCUUCCACUUUGGUGUAUUACUUUAAUUUAAGACAUAAAGAAAAAAAUGUUUCAUAAUUUUUAUUGGCGUAUGGUAGACCCUUUAUUGUUGCUGCUUAAGCUAGAUUUUUUGGCGUUUUUCACUGCAAGGACGGUUUUGCUCAGGCGGGCCCUACUGCAUAUGCAAAUGUGUCCGGGCGGACACAAAUUGAUGAUGCAGUCGCGUCCAGGCGGACACGAUUGCAAAUGCAAAACCAUCCGGUGGACAUUAUAUCAUAUGCAAUAAUGUCCUCUGGAUGUACUGCUUAGACAACAUAAUUACAUGCGACAUCGGCAUCACAGAUUUUGGGGGAUUUUUGACCAAAAGAACAAACUCUUAAAAUUCUCAAUAAAUCUCCAACUUUUACUUAUAUAACCAGUCUGCAAUGAUUAAAUGUCGUCGGUAGUCUGGUCUGUAUCAUUUGAAAGUAUAAACUUACCGAAAAUUGUUUCACCCCAAUUAAGUUUUGACCCUAGCUGGUGUCACAUGCAAUUGUGUCUGUCAUGCAAUACUGUCCGCUCUGGACACUUUUGCAUAUGCAAUCAUGUCCGGGGCUAUGCAAAACCGUCCAGGGGACAUGUACAGACUGUAUGUUGGUUGCAGUUCAAAGUUAUUAAAUAAUUAUUAGUCUUUUAAUCGCAAUAUA